AUGGGGUCAUUUGUGGCCACGGUCACUCUCGAUGACGCCAAGGAAGCCCUGCAAUGCAAGCACAUUGCCUCUGACAAAGCAGGGGAAGAACAUUACAAUCUCAUCAGUGCGCUGCACAAGUCCAUGAGGGGAAGCGAUGCUGAUGCUGCAAUUUAUUGGCUGGCAAGGAUGUUGGAAGGAGGCCAAGAGCCUCUCUACAUCGCCCGCAGGCUCAUCAGAUUUGCUAGUGAAGAUGUGGGAUUGGCCGACCCGUCCGCUCUCACUCAGGCUGUUGCCUGCUACCAAGCUUGUCAUUUUCUAGGCAUGCCAGAAUGCAAUGUGAACCUGGCUCAAUGUGUUGCUUAUCUGUCUUUGGCUCCUAAAUCGGUUUCGGUUUAUAGAGCACUGGAGGAUGCACAGAAGGUGGUGAGGGAAUCAGUUGGACAGAAUGAAGGAGUGCCUCUUCAUCUGAGGAAUGCACCAACUAAGCUGAUGAGGGAACUUGGGUAUGGGAAGGGAUAUAUCUAUCCGCCUGACAAUCCUUCCUCAUCAUCACAGACCUAUUUCCCUCCUUCUCUUCAGGGUUGUAAGUUCCUGUCCUGGUCAAAAAGAACUGCAACUGAUCCAUGA